AUGGGCAGUAGCCCUACAAUUCCGUAUUCUGGAUGUACGGAUUGCUACGACUUUUGCUUGCCUGAUUAUGGCGUUCAACGUUUACACAAAUACGAAGAUGACGUAACGAUUGGCAUCAGAAGGCUGAACUGCUUCCGUCUUUAUGUUCCCGAAUGGGCCAAAUAUCAGGUGACUACCGACAGCAAAGGUGGACACUGGUCGUAUCCGAAAAUCAGUCUGAACACUGAACGCGAUAUGAACGGAAAUUGGGCGAAUUGGAGUCCCGUUGCGGGAAAAUGA